AUGGCUUUUUAUGAAUAUCAAGCAUAUUCUACGGAUGUCUGUGUGCCAAUCUCACGACUGCCUCAGAUUAUAGUGGAGACAAAGGAAGAUCUAAUCAGAAACAAUAUUACUGGUCAUGUGGGUGAUGGCAACUUCCAUUGUUUAAUAGUACUGGAUCCUAAUGACCCAGAUGAGGUGCAAAGGGUUCACUUCUUCACUGAGAGACUAGCCAGGAGGGCACUGGCGAUGGACGGAACUUGUACUGGUGAACACGGGAUUGGUCUAGGAAAGCAGGCUCUGCUCAGAGAAGAGGUCGGGCCAUUGGCCAUAGAGGUCAUGCUGGGCCUCAAGGCCACUCUGGACCCCAAAAACCUCAUGAAUCCUGGAAAGGUGUUAUAAUGAAUGCAAACCAACACAGAACACUGGAGAAGAUACUCUGCACUAGGCUUUGACCACUAGAGGUCAGGAGAAUGAGGUUUGUUUUAGAGUUUAAGAAUGCUAAUGAUUUAGACUUAAGUGCUUUCAAAAUCUGCACAUGCAAAAUAUAAUUUUUGUGAAAAGUGCAUAUGAUUUAAAUAAUUUCUUAUGUAGUAUUAUUGUGAAUACGCAGUAUUAAUGUACAGGGCUGUAAUAAUGUAAUUAUUCCAUCCUUUUCUUUUGCAUGGGGCAGUCUCACACCACUUAAAGGGGUCAUAUGAUGCUGCUAGAAAGAAAAUUAUUUUGUGUAUUUGGUGUAAUC